AUGGGUUCUAUUAGGGCUGCCAUAGACAGAGCAGCCUACAUGAUCAGCUCAAGAAUGAAACAAAGAAAAGAAGAAGGUCAUGCAAAAAAGACUGAUCGAAUAUCAGUAUUACCUGAUAGAGUUAUCUACCACAUCCUCUUGUUGCUUCCAACAAUAGAUGUUUUCAAGAUGAUCUCCCUUUUUAAGAACUGGAGACGUGUGUGGGCUUCUUUUCCACUGGUACUAGAUUUCCAUCAUAAAUUUGCAUAUGGUACUGAACGCCAUAACCAACUAAAGUUGAUAAAGUUUGUGGAAUACGUCUUUCUAAUUCUAAUGCCUCGCAAACACAUUGCACGACUAAGCACGUUCAGACUCAAUUUGGAUUACUUCGAUGAUGAUGCUUGUAUACAUACAUGGCUAAGUUUUGUUGCUGAGAGCAACGUUGAAGAGUUGGAUCUCGCGGUCAGUUACUAUAGAUUACCUCAGACAAUUCUUCAUGCAAGAUCAUUAAGGGUUUUGAAGUUGGCUAUGUUAAGGUUAGAGGUUAAAUUUGGUUCUAUAAUGCUUCCAUCCUUAAAAACUCUAUCUAUGAACAUGGUCAUGCUAGAUGACAAGACAAUCUACAAACUUAUAUCAAGUUGUCCUGCCCUUGAGGAUUUGGAUAUCAAUUGGUGUUGCGGUUUGUCAAAUCUUCAAGUUUCAAAUCCAAAUCUCAAGUCCUUGCAAGUUCAGCAUCGUUGUCCUCUGCCGAUUCAAAUUGAAGCUAUGAAUCUUGAGUCUUUUGCAUAUAAGGGAAAUUAUGAUCAAUGCAAGAUUCGAUUUGUUGCUUGUCAAGCACUUAGAAGUCUAUCAUUGUCGGAAACAGUGUUUGCAGAACAAUGGUUGCGAGACCAAAUUUCUAGGCUUCCCCAGCUUAAGAAUUUAAAGGCACGGUCUUGGGGUAUACCAGAAAAGUUGUACCACUAG